AUGAAUUUCGCUUCUUUUUUUUCUGUUAUAUCUGUUCAGCAACGGGUGGAUAUGCCGCUAAACAAAACCUACCAACAAGAAAUUGUCUGUGAAAUUAGAAUUCAAACUCCUGACUUCACGGCUGUUCAAACGCAUCUAUUUAUCUAUCUAUCUAUCUAUCUCAGUCUGUUCAUAUCUAUCCAGCUAUCUAUCCAUCUAUCUACGUCUGUUCGCUUACCUCUUUUAUCUAUCUAUUUAUCUAUCUAUCUAUGUAGUUAUCUAUACGUUUUCACAUCUAUGGAUAUAUCUACGUCUGUUCGCAUCCAUUUAUCUAUAUAUCUAUCUAUAUAUUUAUCUAUAUAUCUUUAUCUCUCAGAUUCUCCCACUAUCUCUCUCUCUCUCUCUCCAUCUAUCUAUCAACAACUGUUGGCAUGCAUCUAUCUAUCUAUCAAUCUAUAUAUUUCAGUCUGUUCAUAUCUAUCUAUCUAUCUAUCUAUCUAUCUAUCUCACUUUGUUCACUUACCUUUAUCUAUCUUGUUUUCAUAUCUAUGA